AUGUACGAAGUGUAUUUCACGCCUAUACAGGCACUUAUUUAUGAGCAAGCGUUUGGUCGUCGAGGCCUGUUCGCCGGUCGGACACGCCCCAGCUCUACCACCCCGGCCCCUGCUCAGGAUGCGAGCAGCGCUCCUGCCGGCGAAACUCCAGCUCCUAGACCUCGCCUCCGGCCCGGUCUCAGGCGCACGACAAGCACUACAGCGGCACCCGCACCCGCCGAGGACAGUACAGCAGCCAGCUCAGCUGCCGAGCCCGCAGAGACCACGCUAACUCCCAGCAGGUCUAUCGGUCGCGGCCGUCCUGGCGUGCGACCGGCGCCCGCGUCGCUGCGGCCGGGGCCACGGCUCAACUUGCGCGCCAACCCGCGCCUGCGGCCCGGCCUCGCUAGCGUCGCGCCCGAUGCAGCUGCUCCUGGCGCCUCGGAAGCCCCUACAGACACCACAGUCUCUGACAACCCCGCCACAGACGCUGACUCAGAGGGUUCAUUGCCAACAGCAGCGCCGGCUGCGGAACCGCCGCGAGGGGGACUGAAGCUGCGCACAAGACUGGCAGCGCCUCCGUCGCCCAAGCCGCGUGCACCCGUCACGCCGCCGCCGCGCAGGCACAACCCACUGCUCAAGAGGAAGCUAGCCACCACCGAACAGACAACAACAGAGGCAGCGAAAAAGUCGUCAUCAGAGACAACCGAGGUGAGCACCGAUGCCGAUAAGAGUGAGGCCGAGACUGACGACUUGUCAGUUGAGACGACGGCGGCACCGGCGCCGCUGCGUGGUCUCGACGCCCUGUUCGCACGCCGCCGUGCGGCUGCCGCCGGCCGCCCCGCACGCCCUGUCCGGGGAGCGCUCUUCCCUAAAUAGUUCUCGGGUACAUGAAUCUCCCCACUGCACGGUCCAACGAGUGAUGACCCAAUCGAUCGGCGCCGAACUGAUCAUUUGAGCGAACAAUAUAAACUGGCAAACGUUGCAUUUUUUACAGAAACCGAAAUCUAAAUCUGUAUGCUCAGAGUCAAUUAAAUAAACGCUCAACAAUUAUGUACACAGUAUCUGUUCGUCCUGUUGUUUUGUUGUUUCGGUAACGAUCGCUUAACGUCACUGAUUUUAGUCAAUUUAUUUCCGAACCUGCCUAUAUCGUAGUAUCUCGUAGUUUAUAAACAUCGCCUACUUUCUGAGAUUGCAUGUUACGAUUUAAUUAGACUACCAUAUAAGUUUCUUAUUUUCAUUACGCAAAUUUUAUCAUAAUUAACUACUUAGUCCUUUCGGAAGUUGAGGUUUCUCUUGGAUUAUUCACGUGUUUUCUUUUGUUAUGUAAAUAUUAGUUUAUAGUAAAGAUGGACAUGUGUCCGGAAAUUCGAAAUGUUGCAAAACAUCUUUGUCGAAUCCACUGCACUUUACCCAUAUUAUUCUUUAAAAAUCAAAGAUUGCAGAAUGUGGUGUAUACUUCAACACUAAUGUGUAAUAAAAUAAUACACUAGUUGAUGAUAACCCUACCUAAUUAAAACUUUACAGCAAGAGAGUACGUUAUCAUAUACUCGCAAAGUGACAGUCUUGUAUUAAAAUUGUUUAGACACAGAUACCAUUCAAAUUAUACUCAUUACUUUCUCGCCCUAUUUAUUCUGAUAAGUGAUUAAUUAUAUAGAAGCCUAAGAAGUCGCAUAGUUCGGUCAAAAUCAUCGAUUUACUUUCUGCUGCAGCACUGAUAGCUAGUGCCAUCGUGAUAUGUUGUAUAUCUUUCGUAAGUGUGAUAAUAAAUCUAAUAAUAAGA